GAUGUGAGCUGUCCAGUGAAGCAGGUUCCUACAGGGAAGAAACAGGUGCCUCUGAACCCAGACAGCAGCACUCCCAGCAGUCAGCCCAAGCCGGGCUCCUGUCCUUCUCUGGUGGUGUCCAGUAGUGAGUUUGAUGCCAGCAACGGCCACACGGUUAAGUCCUACUCCCUGUUGUUCAGAGUGUCUGGACCAGGCAGGACGCAGCACAACGGACUGGUCAAUGGACAGACCAAUGAGAAUAUAGAGGAGGUGUGUAACAGGAAGAAGAGAAGCUCCACCGUCAGGCAAGAAGAAGUUGGAGAAACGACGUUCGUAGCUCAGAUGACUGUGUUUGAUAAAAACAGGCGUCUGCAGUUGUUAGAUGGAGAGUAUGAGGUGUCUAUGCAGCAGAUGGUGGACUGUCCUGUCAACAAGAAGAGAGCCACCUGGGAAACGAACCUGGAUGGAAAGCUCCUCCCUCCGUUUGAGACGUUCUCCAAGGGUCCUACUCUCCAGUUCACACUGCGUUGGACAGGCGAGCCCAGUGAUAGGUCGACGGCCCCUGUGGCCAAACCCCUCGCCACGCGGAACGCUGACGCUAGCAGCCUGACCUCCGACCCUAAGCCCUGCUCCCUCAGACCCACUCAGACCGUAGCUGUGAAAGACUCCUUCAGCAGUACAGAGUUUCAGAUGAGACAAGAACACACACUUGAGGAACCAAGUGACAAUCUACGCAUAUUCUACCAGUUCCUGUAUAACCACAACACACAGCAGCAGACCGAGGCUAGAGAUGACCUCCACUGUCCCUGGUGCACUCUGAACUGUAGGAGACUCUACAGUCUCCUCAAACACCUCAAACUGGCCCACAGCAGAUUCAUCUUCAACUACGUGCCCCACCCUAAAGGAGCGAGGAUAGACGUGUCUAUUAAUGAGCGUUAUGACGGGGUGCACGCUGGGAAUCCUCGGGAUAUUCACAGUCAGCCCGGCUUCGCCUUCAGCAGGAACGGACCCGUCAAGAGAUCCCCCGUCACACACAUCCUCGUCUGCAGACCAAAGCGUCUCCUCCCCCCCAGUCUGUGUGAGUUCCUGGAGGCUGAUGGAGGAGAGGGAGACCAGCAGAGAAUCAUCCCAGGUCACAACCGCCUCUACUUCCGCUCAGACAGCUGUACCCCCAAAACACCCCAGGAGGUAGAUCACGACAGUGAGGAUGAGACAGACCCCUUCUGGCUCCGAGAGAGGACCAUCAUGCAAAUCCAGGAGUUUACAGACGUGAACGAUGGAGAGAAGGAGGUGAUGAAGCUAUGGAACCUUCACGUUAUGAAGUAUGGCUACAUAGCAGAUAACCAGAUGAACGGAGCCUGUCUGGCGUUUGUGGAAGGUUGCGGAGCGUACAUUGCCAGGAAGAACCUCUGUAGGAACUUCCUGUUACACCUGGUCAGCAUGCAUGACUUUAAACUGGUUACCACGGCAACCAUCAACCAGGCCAUGACACGCCUCCGACACAUCCAGCAGACCCAGCGGCAGGAAGGAGGAGAGGGGGAUGGAGGAGAGUAUUGGGUGACAGCGCUGGAGUCUCCGUCUGAGCUGCAACCCGACUAUGCCAUAUGUAAUGACGACCACGCGGAUGGUAAGAGUAACCAUGGUAAUGGCCGCACGAACGGAAACGGCGAUGGCGAUGAAGCUGGUAGUUCUGUUGCUGUGGAAACGUCCAGGCCGAGCAAGAGGCAUAAGUUGUGAGGUACACUCCGGCCCUCUCCUGGAGGAGUGAUGAGUAUCUAAAAGGAUGCCCGGUGAUUGGCUGAGUGGAGGAUGAAAAUAAUAAGAGAGACUCAUGAUGACAUCAUUCCAAACAAGCACUGGGUGUUGGGUUUACCGUAUAGAGGUGGUGGGCCAGAAUCAUUUAAGUCAAUUUGGACGGACACACACACACACACACACACACACACACACACACACACACACACACACACACACACACACACACACACACACAGAGUCCCACUGGUUAUAGCAGGGAAACCGUGGUCUAGUUUUUCCCCAUGUCUGGUUAUUCAGUCUUGCUUUGAUGUCAUUAGACUGAUGUUACAGUGACCAUGAGGUCUGUAAACACAUCACUUUAGCAAUAACUUAGUCCCAACUGGCACCAUAUUCCUUUAUACUAGUGUGCACUACUUUUUACCAGGCCCUGCUAUAGACUAGGGGAUGUACUUGUACAUCAAGCUGUCUGCUAUAGACUAGGGGAUGUACUUGUACAUCAAGCUGUCUGCUAUAGAUUAGCAUUCUGUCCAGGAGGUGUACUUGUACAUCAAGCUGUCUACUAUAGACAAGGGGGUGUACUUGUACAUCAAGCUGUCUGCUAUAGACUAGCAUUCUGUCCAGGAGGUGUACUUGUACAUCAAGCUGUCUGCUAUAGACAAGGGGGUGUACUUGUACAUCAAGCUGUCUGCUAUAGAUUAGCAUUCUGUCCAGGAGAUGUACUUGUACAUCAAGCUGUCUACUAUAGACAAGGGGGUGUACUUGUACAUCAAGCUGUCUGCUAUAGACUAGCAUUCUGUCCAGGAGGUGUACUUGUACAUCAAGCUGUCUGCUAUAGACUAGCAUUCUGUCCAGGAGGUGUACUUGUACAUCAAGCUGUCUGCUAUAGACUAGCAUUCUGUCCAGGGGGUGUACUUGUACAUCAAGCUGUCUGCUAUAGACUAGCAUUCUGUCCAGGAGGUGUACUUGCACAUCAUGCUAUAGACUAGCAUUCUGUCCAGGAGGUGUACUUGUACAUCAAGCUGUCUGCUAUAGACUAGCAUUCUGUCCAGGAGUGGUACUUGUACAUCAAGCUGCCUCACUACAGAAGCAGGAGGUGGGCUCCUGCCCUCUGGGCCGUUCUGGCUGUUACAAGGCUUUAGUACUCUAGUCCGAGGCCCAUAGGGUCCUGUAUAGAUCAGUGGUUCCCAAACUGUUUCACUCAGGUCCCUCUUCCAGCAUUGGGGAACAUUCAUUUCUAUGGGCACAAGCACUGUUCAUGACACAAACGGUUCACACCCCUAAAAUGUUGCAGAUUUUAAAGCUUAUUUCCUUGGCCGUCUGUGCACUAGAUAGGAAAUAAGGUGCCAUUUGGGAUAUUUGAUUUGGGACAAACCGAAAAGACUUGGGUCGUCUUCACUUGGGAUGGACUACCUGAACAAUAUAAACGUUUGUUUUCGUUUUCUUUUGCUAAACGUUUUUGCUACAGUGUGCACUAAUGAAUACAACCCUGAUGACGGACAGACUCUGCUGUAUUGUUAUUUAAGGGGAAUGGUUGGUUGUAAUGAUGAUGCAUUCUGAAUUUCAACAUUUGAUAGUUAUGUUUAUUACUAUGGGGGCCAUUUUGAGGCUAACCUUGAGGGACGGUACGCUGGUCUGAAGUCUAGCUCUUGGAAACAGUGUUGUUGGACUAGAAGGUGUCUGGCUCAGGGUAGAAACAUCCCUUUGCCCCCCCCCAUCCAUCCUAAACUAAAUGUGUAUUGCUGUCAGACCUCUGUUUAAAUACUAUUUGGAGUCUUUAACGUUUGCUCUAGCCUGCCUGGAGUGCUAGAUGGGAGGGGAGUUGCAGUUUUGGGACUAGUCUUUAGGUCCAUUUAAGCCAGGCAAGCUCAAUCAAGCACAGAUCGAGUAUUUGAACUCGGGUCUGGUUAGCACUCAAGUCAGUCCGGAUCCAAUGGUGCUACUAGACAGAUGAUUCAGGCCCUCAGCGAGCACAGAUCGCAGUCAUCUGUAACCUUUUUGAGGUUGUCAGGUCAUUAGGUCAAGGUUCAGUUACACUGUAUGACCACAUUCAUCAUCAAGCUGAAACCGUGCAGCACCCGCAUCCACUCACUGCUUUUGGGCAGUGUCCCGAAUGGCUCCCUAUAUAGUAUACUACUUUUGACCAGGGUCCACAGGGUAGUGCACUACUUAUAGGGAAUAGGGUGCCAUUUGGGACGUACUCUUACUAUGUUGGAGUAAUUUGGGCACGGUCAGUGUUGACGUCUUUAGAAAGGUGACAUGUUGACCUGCUGGACAUCAACUGUAGUAAGUAUUACAGUGGAGAGUUAAAUGUUGAGUUUCCUGGCCAAAGGGAGUUGGAUCUGCUGCAGAUUUUCUACUGUUUUCCUCACCUGUGAAACUGUCCCAAUUAGCAUCUUAUUUCCUAUAUAUAUAGUGUACCAUAGGGCCCUGGUCAAAAGUAGCAUGGACCACAGGAGGUUGGUGGCACCUUUUGGGGAGGACGGGCUCGUGGUAAUGGCUGGAGCGGAAUGGUAUCUAACAUGUGAUUUCCAUGUGUUUGAUGCCAUUAUGAGCCGUCCUCCCCUCAGCAGCCUCCACUGGUAAGGGCCCUGGUCAACAGGAGUGCACUAUAUAGGAAAUAGGGUGUCAUUUCAGAUAUAGGAAACAGGGUGUCAUUGCUUCUCCAGUGAUGGGGUGGAUCUUUUCAGGUGUGAACUUGAAUUGCAAUCAAUCAGGACCCAAACAAAGGAAGCUGUUCCUACGUUCUGUAGCUGUGUGCAGUAGCUGUGUGCAGUAUGUUGACGAGGGUCAUGUUCAUUUUGGCACAAAACGUUAGAAAGCACUCAAAACGAGGGAGUUGGAGGUACUCUCUGUACUAAUCCAAUAAAACACUUAUCUUCUGUUGCAAAACGUUUUGCUACAGUGCGCCUCAGUGAACAUGACCCAGGUUUUGUGUAUAUAUAUAUAUAUAUAUAUAUCACUUCAGGAAAAAGGAGCAACAUUUUGCUCUAGCGAACCCAGAAUGGAAAAUGCAAAAGAAAAACAGGACUUUUGUUCACCAACAUCCUAAAACCAGCUGGACGUUGGAAUUUAGUAAUCAAGGAGUCAUAGAAAAUGUUUUCUAUUUAAAAGAAUAAAGAUGUUUUGUGCUAUUACCA